UUGGCCAAGAGGCCCGUCAAUCAUAUCGCCCAUAUCGGUCUCUUCCGGCUGUGUGUCAGCCCUUCAGCAGCAGCGGCAGCAGCAUCCCUGCCCAAGAGAAGCGAAAUCCGGCCAUCAUCACAGGUGUCCCUGUUUUGGAUGUGGUAACAAGUCUCCAGAGACAACAAAGUGAAAGAGAGACCAUGUUUUAGAGACCCCGUGUUGGCAGCCCAUUAUCUACAAUGAACAAUGAAGACGAGUUCUAUGAUGCCGUCACAGGCUUGGAUUCAGAUGAGUCAUGUGAAGGCACAUCAGAAGCCAGUUUUAAAGAUGCUGUAGUGUAUGACGGCGCUCAGAAGAACAAUGGAGCGGUUCCUCAGGAGAACGGAAUUAAGAAGCACAGGUCGUCUCUUCCUGCCCCCAUGUUCUCCAGGAAUGAUUUUAGUGUGUGGAGCAUUCUCAAGAAAUGUAUUGGACUGGAGCUGUCCAAGAUCACCAUGCCCAUUGUGUUCAAUGAGCCCCUGAGCUUUCUACAGAGAAUCUCUGAGUAUAUGGAGCACACAUACCUCAUCCAGAAAGCCUGCUCACAGUCCGACUCUAUAGAGAGGAUGCAGACGGUAGCUGCCUUCGCUGUGUCUGCGGUUGCUUCCCAGUGGGAUAGAACUGGAAAACCUUUCAACCCACUUUUAGGAGAAACCUAUGAACUCACACGUGAGGAUCAGGGUUUCAGACUGAUCUCAGAGCAGGUGAGUCACCAUCCGCCAAUCAGUGCGUUUCGCACUGAGAGUCUGACUGGUGACUUUGUGUUCCAUGGCUCCAUCUACCCCAAACUCAAGUUCUGGGGUAAAAGUGUGGAGGCAGAACCUAAAGGGACCAUCACGCUAGAGCUUUACAAGCAUAAAGAGGCAUACACAUGGACGAACCCUUUCUGCUGUGUACACAAUAUAAUUCUUGGUAAACUGUGGAUUGAACAGUACGGCACUGUAGAAAUUGUCAACCACAGUACUGGAGAGAAGUGUGUACUGAACUUUAAACCCUGUGGGAUGUUUGGAAAGGAGCUGCACAGAGUUGAAGGUUACAUCCAGGAUAAGAGUAAGAAGAAGCGCUGUGUGAUCUAUGGGAAAUGGACAGAGUGUAUGUGGAGCGUCGACCCACAGGUGUACGAGGCCCAUCGGAAGCUCGAGAAGAAAGGAACAACGGACACUAAAAAACAGAAGGAGGAGCCAGAAGCCGUCAACGAGGAUGCCGAUGAAAUGCCUGAAGUACAGGAGACUGUGGCAGUGAUUCCUGGUAGCACAUUAUUAUGGAGAAUAUCAUCAAGACCGCCUCAUUCAGCAGAGAUGUAUAACUUCACUAAUUUUGCCAUGACGCUGAAUGAGCUGGAGCCUGGCAUGGAAGGAGUGCUGGCACCAACAGACUGCCGCCUGCGGCCUGACAUCAGAGCCAUGGAGAACGGCAAAAUGGAUGAAGCCAGCAGAGAAAAGGAGAGACUGGAAGAGAAGCAGAGAGCAGCUCGUAAAGAGCGGGCCAAAGAUGGUGAAGAGUGGUCGACUAGGUGGUUUCAGUUAGGCACAAAUCCAUAUACAGGAUCACAGGACUGGCUGUACACUGGCGGCUACUUUGAUAGGAAAUACAUAGACUGUCCUGAUAUCUACUGAUGAGGAGGUGCAAGUUCAAAAAGCAGAGGUUUUGUAACCUCCUCCCUCCUUCCUUCCUUCCUUCCUCCCUCUCUCCCCAUCUACAGCAACCCUUUACACGAUGCACCACAUCAUAUCCGGCCAACAACGAUAGCGCUUACGCUCACAUUAACAUUGAGCUGCCUCCAUCUUCAGCACUUGCUGUUUAUGAUUGUGUUUUGUCCUUUGGAAGCGUCUUCUCUCACUUCCCAUCAACCCUUUAGGUUUUAUCAAUGGAGGAAAGCGUCUAAACAACAGUAGGAGAACCAAUUUGCCUUUUUCUGCCUUUGAACGUACACACACCCUCGUCAGAGCUCCAGUUUGUUUGCCGUCAGCAAUGCUGGAGCUCAAUGUAGAUGUAGUUAUAUCACCAAUAAAAUGUGACUCUGAAGUGCUUUGGCCGUUUUCCAUGUACAGUAGGUGUUUAAUAUAUGAAAACUAAUUCCAGAUGUUUUGAGUUUGGCAAGCACUGAGCCACCUCUGAUCCAGCUGUAUGUAGAGCGUGAAGGUGAUCGAGCAUUAAUGAAAUAAUGACAGUAAUGUGUUUAGAGAAUGAUGAUGAAUGUUAAUAAUGAACUGUGUGUGUGUGUGCGCGCUUGAGGUAAUUAAUGUAAAAAGCCAUAGAUUUUGUUUUAAUUGGUACAAUAUUUUGCCUUUUGGAUUUUCAGUUUCAGAUUAAAUUUAUGUGAUAUAGCCUCAUCACGCAUUUAUGGUGAAGCGUUUUAAAAAUGGCCUCUUUUUUCCUUUCACUGUUUUUUUCCACAGAGCCUCAAAAUAGGCUGAUUGUACCCACAUUCGAUAAGGCUUUGUUGACAUACUGUAAAUGUACAUAUUAAUAUUUCACAGUUUUUCUAAUGUAUUGGUGUCCCACUAAAUUGUUCCUCAAGCACUAUCAAUUGAAUUUGUUUUAUGAAAACUAGGUGUCAUGGGUUGUUUUAUUCAUCAGCAUUUGCAUCUGUUAUCACUGUUCUCAAAUAUAGACGUGUACACUGUGUAUUUGAGAUUCUGGCGAAAUCUAUGCAACCCAUCAAACUGCUCAAACCCCGCAUAAUAAUGAACAUACAGAAUGGCAGCUUAUGGAAGUGUAAAUAUAACGCGCAUCAUAUUUGAGAGAAUAUUUCCUGCCUGUAGAUGCCAUGAGAAGUAUUGUACACCUUGUAAUGUACUCAUUCGGACCAUAAAGCGAUUAUUUUCAUGUAGAGACGAUCUGAAGCGUGCAGGUCAAACGAGCGGGUUUGAAGCACACCGAUGCAACCAUUGUUGCUCUGCUCUUAAGUACACAAACGUGUUUUAUUUCCCACAGUGCCUGACUUUCAAUACAUCCGUGAGUCACUAGUACUUCAUCUUGAGCUGUUUGUUCUCCAUUUAAGGGUGAUUUAUUUGAAUAUGUUAGACAUUUAAUUUGAUUUUCUAACCACGUUUCUCUUCGUCUGAGUACUAAGCGUCUGUUACACACGACAUUCAGUGCACUACUUGUUUUGCAUCCUGUAUUGUGUCUGUUCCUUCAUUAAAUGUACAUUCGAUUAUUUGAAAACUAGCGUUAUAAAACUAAUAUUCCACAAUUAAACUCUAGAUUUUAUUUUUA